AUGGCGGAAAAUCGGAAUUAUGGGCCUCCAAUUGCCCAAUCCUCCUCCACCAAUCUGAUAGGACGCCGCAACAGUGCUGAUACCGGUCAACUUGAGGGAGAGAGGCGUCGCCUGGAUAUGCUCUCCAAAUCUCAGCCAGCAGAAUCGACGACGCCAGCAAAGAUGCCCCGCAUUUCCAACAGUCUGCCAUGGUCAGAAGCCGGAAAUGAUGGUAUUUCCUCUCACUCAAUUACCCUGUGUCAGCCAUUGCGAGAGAUCCCUUCACCAUCCAGUUCACCUUCUGCACCUCCCAAUGUCCCCCAUGAGGAUUCCAGUGAUGCUUUUGACACCCCACCAAACCCACAACCAAACCCACGACCAAACCCACAACCAAACCCACGACCAAACCCACAACCCAAUCCAAUUGUUGUACCACCAGCACAGCCUGGCCGCUCAGAUGGAGCCCCCCCAUUGCCUCCCCCCCCACAUCUGCAUGACUCAUCAGAUGAUGAUGAUGAUACAGAUGUCCCAAUCCCUGGAGGAGGUCGGGUUCCGCCCCUGCCUCCUGUUUUUCCACAGCAGCCACCACGAAGCGACUACCACGAGUACCUCGGUACUCCGGUGCCACAUCCGGACAACAUCACGGACGUGCCGAGGAUCAGCGGAAGGAGAGGACGACCUGGAUACAACUACGGACCAACAGGGAUGAGACUGCGAUGGACAGGACACGUCCUCUACGGGGAUAACCCUAACAUCAGGGAAACCCCAAUAGAGAAGAGGCGGAGACUGAAGAUGGAGACAAAAUGGCGUGAUGAGCACCAACGUCUCCAGGAUGCAUUUAAUGCACGCGGUGAGGCAUUGAGGGGAAAUGCCACCGUAGAGUCUCACUAUCUGGGCCCACUCAUCAAGUGUAGGCACUGCGCUAGCCUCAAUUUUAGCGCAGAAGCUACCAAUGGGAACCCAGCAGCGCGGGAAUUUGCGAUUUGCUGUAUGAAUGGGAAGGUACGGAUACCUCCCAUACCCCAACAUGAGCGGAUUCAGCAGCUUCUGCAGGACACCGAGGACCCCGUAGCCCGCUCUUUCCAGAAGAACAUCAGGAAAUACAACACAGCGCUUGGAUUUGCAUCGUACAAAUUUAAUCAUCCCAGGAAUCAUCCGGACGCGCCCAUCCCCGAGGGACCAUACGUGUUUUGGAUCCAUGGCGUGGCGUAUCACUACGUGUCAUACCCACGACCACAGGAUCCAAAUCAAGCUGCCUUUGGACAACUGUAUUUUCUGGAUCCAGAACAAGCGGCCGCACAACGAGUCAAUGGUCAACUGGGCGACCAUUUGGAUGACCUCCUCAUCAGGGAAUUGGAUGCUAUCAUACGCACCAAUAAUCCAUUCGCGAGAGCCUACAGGCGGCUACGCGAAUAUGAGGCGACCGAGUUGGAGAGGGUGCGCUCUGCAGCUGUAGCUCGAGGUGAGCCGCAACCGCAGAGCAUCCAACCCGUCCUCAUGCUGUUUGACCGUCCAGGUCAAAACAGCGGCACACAUGGGGCAGAUGUGACAGGCUCGGAAAUAGCCGCCAUCUACACCACAAGAGAUGGAGCUCCGUUGGAAUUCAACGGCAUUGUGGUGAAGCCUAUUGAUGGAACACCCAAUGAUCCAUUUGGGUACAAAAUUGUACCCAACAUCUCUUUCAACGUGGAUCCCCUGACAUACCCUCUGAUGAGGCCGUAUGGCACCGUUGGAUGGUUCCCCAACAUGACAUCGUUGGCGGAGAACUUCAGAACGCGGAAGGUGACAUUGAGGGAAUACACCAUGUAUUCACUAAUGUAUCGUGCACCUGAGGAUGGAGGAUCGCCGUUGCUGAACUUUGGACGUCUUCUUCAGCAGUACAUCGUGGAUGUCGCUCAUAGGAUUGAGCAGAACAAGCUGUCCUACAUCAAGUCACACCAAGGUGAUCUACGUGCAAUGUCUGCAGGUGAUUUGCGUCGACUGAAUGAUGAUGAUGGAAGAAUCUUCCGGCCAGAUAUUACCGACGAGAGUGGUAAUCCCCUUCCCCCAGUAAAUGGACCACAUGGUGUUAAGGUCAUUUUGCCAUCGGCCUUUCUUGGGAGCCCAAGGAAUAUGCACAAUAAGUACUGCGAUGCCAUGGCGAUGAUGACGGAAUUCGGCAAACCUGACCUCUUCAUUACAUUCACCACAAAUACGGAAUGGCCAGAAAUUAGGGAGAAUCUGCAGCCGCACAUGAAGGCCGAGGACCAGGUCUUGCUGAUGUGCAGAGUUUUCCAUGCAAAACUUCAGGACUUCAAGAAUCAACUGGUGGAUAAGAUGAUCUUCGGACGUGUUCGUUACUACACAUACAGCAUCGAGUUCCAGAAGAGGGGGCUUCCACAUGCGCAUUUUCUCAUUGGUGUCUACCCUGAGGAUAAAUUGCAUACCGCGGAGCAGGUGGACGCUUGCAUCAGCGCAGAAAUUCCCAAUGAUGAUGAAUCCCAUUGUCAUCUGGUGAAGCGUCAUAUGAUGCAUGGACCAUGCGGACCGGAACAUACAACAUCUCGCUGCUGGAAGGAUGGGAAAUGCUCCAAGAAUUUCCCAAAGGAUUUCAUCGAGGCAACAGCAUUCCGGCCAAAUGGAUAUCCCAUAUAUCGUCGACGAAAUAAUGAUGCUUCAGUGAUGCGUGAUGGCAGGAGAUUGGACAAUCGAUGGGUUGUUCCAUACAACAAAUAUCUUCUGGAGCGCUACAACUGCCACAUCAAUGUUGAACAUUGUACGAUGGUUCAAGUGGCAAAAUACAUCUUCAAGUACAUCUUCAAGGGAGUUGCGGCUGCUAACGUGCGACUGGAUCUGAACAACGAGGUGACAACGUAUGAAUCCUGUAGAUUCCUGAGUUCUCCCGAGGCUGCUUGGCAUUUGGCAACAUUCGAAAUGCACAAGCAUUCUCACAACAUCGAGAGUCUUCCAGUGCAUCUUGAAGGUGAACAUCGGAUUUACUUCCGUGGGGAUGAAGAUCCAGAAAACAUUCGGGAUAAGGCGUCAAAAUUGAUGAAAUGGUUGGAUUCGAAUCUUCACUACAAGGGAAUCGCGGACAGAGAAUUGGCCGGCGUCGAUGAUCAACGUACAAGGGACCAUGUGUACAACAAGUAUGGACUUCACUUGACAUACCCACAAUAUGUCAAGAUGUUUUCAUGGAGGGACAACAGGUGGAAUUUGCGGCAGAUGAACUUCUUCAAGUCAUUCGAAGCAAUUGGACGCAUUUGCCCAGUGAAUGCCCAAAAUGUUGAACUUCGAUGUCUACGUUUGCUUCUUCUUCAUGUUACGGGAUGCACUUCUUGGAAUGAUGUACGAACGUGCAAUGGAAUUGUGUACAAUACCUUCUCGGAGGCAGCCAUUGCUCGAGGUUUGAUUGCUUCGGACGAGGAAUUCCCAUGGACUAUUGCAGAGGCUCUAACACUGGACACACCACUGGCAUGUCGCAUCACUUUUGCAAUCAUGUUGCAGUUCAACAAUCCCCCAAAUGCCCAGACGACAUGGAACACUCACAAGGAUCAACUCAGCGGAGAUUUUCUUGCAGCGCUUGGAUGUAGCACCGAGGAAGCACAUGGAUACGCGUUGGCCCACAUCAAUUCCAUUCUCAGGGAAAAUGGUGCCCAACCACUCAACCAGUACCUUCGAGAUGUCACCAUCAUGGAUGAACUUCCCCACACUGCAGCUGCUGUUAUCCGGAACAAUGGAGCACAACAACCAACGAUGGAGGACAUCGCAGUAAUCCUUUCGGAGCGUUACGGACUUCUGAAUUCUGCACAGCGAGAUAUCUUCGAUACAAUUGUGGCAUCCCUUCAUGAGCGUCGUAGAGGUGGUGAUCAGCAGCACGCACCCGAUCGGCGGUGUUUCUUCAUCGAUGGACCAGGUGGGACCGGAAAAACUUUCCUCUACGAAACAAUAUAUUAUUAUUGUUUGGCUGAGGGCUUCAAUUGCAUCGUCACCGCAUGGACAGGAAUUGCAGCAUCUCUUCUCCCAACAGGAAGGACAGUACAUGCAACAUUCAGACUUUCACCAACACUUACGGAGACCACCACAUGCAACAUUCCUCGACAUUCAUCUGAUGGACGGAAGCUCUUCAAUGCAGACAUCAUUCUGUGGGAUGAGUGUUCAAUGACUGACUCUCACGCAUUCUCCGCUGUGAAUAGAUGUUUGCAAGAGAUCACUGGAUGUGCCAUGCCUUUCGGAAACAAGGUCAUGGUUCUUGGAGGAGAUUUUCGACAAAUACUUCCGGUUGUUUCUCAUGGAGAUCGAGCUGAAGUUGUAGCGCGUUCCCUUCUUCUUCACGAGACUUGGAUAUACUUUCGGCGUCUUCGGCUUCAAUUCAAUGAACGAGCGGGUCACGGAAAUGAGGAGUUUGCCAGAGAACUACAAGCAAUAGGAGAGGGGAAAAAGUCCAACAUUAAUGGUUUGCACACAUUCCCAGGACGUUUGUGUGUUCGCUCUGUGGAUGCACUCAUUGAUAGGGUAUUUGGAGCUGAAAUUGGCAACGAAGUUUCUGAUCAGUGUGCGAUUUUGUGUCCUCGACAUGAUGCAUGUCAUGUCAUCAAUGAUGCUGUUACGAGAAGGAUGGAGGGAGUAGCACGAGUCUAUCGAGCAAGUAAUCGCAUUGUUGAUGAGACAGAUGAGACGCGAAUGCUGUACAGUGAUGAAUUUUUGGCUGCGCAGCAUCCAUCAGGGCUUCCACCACACGUCCUGACACUGAAGAAGGGCUCCAUUGUAAUGAUUUGUCGGAAUCUCAAUUCCAAAAUUGGACUUCUCAACGGAACGAGAUUGCGUGUAAUUGGCCUGCAUGAUCAUCUCUUGAGGUGUGUCAUUCUCAAUGGACACGGGAAGGGCAAUGCUGUUUGUCUACCUCGCUUGGACAUUGCAACGAAUGAGCACCACGACGUGCCUGUCAACUACACGCGACGUCAAUUUCCAGUUUAUGGGUCUCAUGCCAUGACAGUAAAUAAAAGCCAAGGACAGACGCUGAGCAAAGUUGGAUUGUAUCUUCCGACUCCGCUCUUCUCACAUGGUCACCUGUAUGUGGGAAUGUCAAGGGUGAGAAGUCCCGAGGAUUUUUGCGUUUUUAUUGCACAUGGUAAUCUUGGAAUUGCAGAAAACGACAAUCAGACACGAAAUGAAGUAUAUGAGGAAAUUAUAAGUGCCAUAAAUUAG